CAGAUAUUGAAAGCGGCAUUGUGUGGUGUUACAUCACUCUACCAGGGUACCAGUCAUGGCGGUGGCGCUCACACAAAUUUGCAGAAGUGGGAUAUCCGCCAAGUCAUGCCAGGAUCAAUUGCAUGGGCAGCCAUCAUUACAAUAUUUUUUCUCUCACCUGACACUGAGUUUUCUGGUUCAGGUGUAGGAAAGAAAUCCAACAUCAACUACAAGGAGCUUUUCUACAACUAUAAGAGAGUUCUUGUCACAAAGUGGAAGAGUAAGCGCAUUGAGGAGAUUGUGACUAAGAUCAACAACUAUGUUUUUGGCGCC